GGCCGGGCUUGUGGCAUGCCCGGAGCAGGGCGUCGGAACCCAGCCGCGAGAUGAGGAACCUGGGGCCUGGAGAGGUGAAAUGAUUUCUGAUCAGGGUUGUUAAAAUGAGUCUGCGGAAGCAAACACCCAGUGAUUUCCUGAAGCAAAUCAUCGGACGACCAGUUGUAGUAAAAUUAAAUUCUGGAGUGGAUUACCGAGGGGUCCUGGCUUGCCUGGAUGGCUACAUGAAUAUAGCCUUGGAGCAGACAGAGGAGUAUGUAAAUGGACAGCUGAAGAAUAAGUACGGGGAUGCACUUAUCCGAGGAAACAAUGUGUUGUACAUAAGUACACAGAAGAGGAGGAUGUGAAGAUACCAAGAGUACCAUGCGUUUCAUACCUGGAUGUUUUUUAUUAAGUUUUUUAGUUCUUCUGUCAUAUAAUUUGUCCUAUUUUGUUAUAGUCAUUGAUUUUUCACUGACACAUGAGGAGUGAGAUAAAUG